CAAGUUGUACAAAAAGAAGCAGCAGCCAAUAGUCAAAUGUUUUACAUCCGUUGGCUCAUAUUUGACAUUUUACAUUCACACUCACAUUUGCUUCUCAUCACCUUGGGUUAAUAAAAUGCUUUCCAUUUGGAACCAGGCCUUUAUUUCUUGAUCUGUUUACUUUAUUUUGGCAAAAACUCAUUUAAAAAACGUAUUUUCAUCCCUUGUUUUUUGUGGAGGUGUAUCUCUGGACCCACGUGGGUGUGUGUUAUAUGAUGCCCUAACCAAUCACACGUCCGUAGAGGGCCGCAUCCAUGAAUCCAGGGUGUAUAAAUGCAUAUAUGUGUGAGAGAAAGUCCACUUGCUGCCUGAUACCGCUGACGCUGAAGAAAGAAGCUGAGAUGAAGCCUUUGGCCGUCCUGCUUCUCUGCUCCCUGGCUGUCGUCUGUCUGACCUCCGAUGCCCCCACUGGCUCCCACCCAGACAGCCCUGCUCAGGAGGGUGUGUUUGUGGAGAGGGAGCAGGCCUCCGCUGUGGUGAGGCAGAAGAGAGCUGCUGCAGAGUUGUCCCUGGCCCAGCUGGAGAGCCUGAAAGAGGUGUGCGAGGCCAACCUGGAUUGUGAGGACAUGAUGGACACGCAUGGAAUCAUCGCCGCGUACACCUCCUACUACGGGCCCGUCCCCUACUAGAACCACCACAAGGCUCCACCCAACAGAAAUAUGAUUUAAAAAGUGAGACAUUUGGGCAUAGGAAAGCAAACAGGAAAAAAGGGGAAACAUCUGCAUGGGGAUUUAUUUGUAAGCUUAGACACAAAAAUGGUGUCUAUAAUUCUAUAAUCACUGUUAGCCUGUAGAGUUGUUUGAUGCUACUAAAU